AUAUAGAAUGGACGACCAACUUAAAGUAGUUUCACUUUUAGGAAGACAUCGUAAUCUGAUUUCAGAGUGUCAAAGACCUUGUUUUAUGCUUAUGCUCGUAGUGUAGGAAACUGAUACUUCACUUAUUUGUUUCCUUGUAAAAAUAUUCCAUGCCAGACUUUACUGAAGUAGAGCAUUUGGAUUACAUCGAUCAUUGACAAGGCUGCCUGGUUUUCAUUAGAAUCACGAGAAUGGUGUCUGCCGUGAGCUUCUUCAGUAUUUUUUUAUACUUCAUACUAUUGUCAGUUGUUUGCUUAGGUGAGGAAUUACUACAGACUGUGACAGAUGAAGUGUUUGGUAGAAAUUACACAUACUACCAAAUCAGAAGCCGAGGGCGUCUUCGACUGGAACUUGUGUCGCAUGUUGGAGAUGCUGACAUUUACAUCUCGGAAAGUGACCCACAUCCUUCAGAAGAAAACUAUGACGGAAAAUCCUUUACAUGCGGUGUUGAUUCUGUUGAAGUGUCUUCCACCAUGAAACGACCUAUCUCAGUCAGUGUGUUUGGGCAUCCUUUUUAUAGUGUGUCGAAGUACAGCUUGUCAGUAUUUGAACUCCCCAAGGGAGAAGUGGACUAUGCAACAUUAGAUGCCUUAUACAAUUCCAACGCAGACGAGGCAUCAGAGGAAAAUCAUGACCCACGGGUAUCUCAUGAUGACCAGAUACCUAAAGAUAGUCCUGAUGAGGAGUCUACAUUGUUGACCAUUGCCGUAACAAUUUUGAAAAUACUGUUUGACAUUCUCUUAUGAAUUGGUAAAACAAGAAUGCUUGAAUAUGGACAAAUAGUCUUUGUGUGUGUCAGUGUGUGUAUGUGUUUUAUUGCCUCUACUUGAGUUAAAGUUAAAAUAAAACUGUACAUAUUAAAAUUCUCUUGGUAAAAUAGUCAUUAUUAUAUAAUAGUGUAAUUUUGUUGUAGACCGACAUGUAAGAUUCCUACUCUGUAUGAUGCACUUAUUGUGUCACCAGAAUGAUCACUUGAUAGUAAGUAAUCUGGAAUACCCUCAAUACAAUAUUUACUCUAGCGAUUUUCAUUUGUAACUUUUACACAUUACAGUACUGUAAUGAAUUACAUGUUAAUACAGCAACUUGAAGUCUUAUGAUUUUUAUCUUCAAUUAGAAAUCAUGAUAGUAUUAAUUAAAAAUGUACCACCACUACAAAAUAAAGAAGAGAAAAUUA